GCAGCUCUUCCUUUUGCACAUACUGUCAACUCUUCCGCAGAACUACAGAGAUCAAACCUUGUUACUCAGCUUUAUGUGGAAUACGGGUCCCAGAAAAGGACGUGUGAAUGCAGCAGGCUUUUCCACCACAGGCAACAUCAUAUGACACCAACUGGAUGGUAAAAAUCAAUCGAUCAAAAUAAUCAAAAAACCAGGACAAGAAAAGAGCCAAAGCUGGUGACAUUGGACAGAUCUACCUUUGACAAGGUUAGUGCCUGUACAGUUCUGAACAUUUCGAAGCACUUUGCUAGCAGGCCAACUUCAUCACUUCUUGUGAGGCAGUGUUGCCAGUUGUCAUGGGGGAUUCUGCCAUGGACUCCACUCUCCCCACUCCUGAAAGUGCUGUCCCGGAGGGCACUCUCUUUAGUAUGACCGAUGUGUUUCUCUUCUCACUCAUCGUUGGCCUCCUUUCUUAUUGGUUCCUCUUCCGCAAGAAAAAGGAAGAAAUCCCCGAAUUCACCAAAAUCCAGCCAAUAACAUCCUCGGUGAGGGAGACCAGCUUCAUUGAGAAGAUGAAGAAAACAGGGCGAAACAUCGUGGUGUUUUAUGGUUCCCAGACUGGUACAGCAGAGGAGUUUUCCAAUCGCCUUUCCAAAGAUGCCCAUCGGUACGGCAUGCGAGGUAUGUCAGCGGACCCCGAGGAGUAUGAUUUGUCUGAUCUGAGCCGCCUCUCUGAGAUUGACAAUUCCUUGGCCGUGUUCUGCAUGGCUACGUACGGAGAGGGUGAUCCCACGGACAAUGCCCAGGAUUUCUAUGACUGGCUGCAGGAGACUGAAACUGACCUGACUGGUCUCAAAUUUGCAGUGUUUGGGCUAGGCAACAAGACUUACGAGCACUUCAACGCGAUGGGGAAAUACGUGGACAAGAGGCUGGAGCAGCUUGGAGCCCAGCGGAUAUUUGAGCUCGGCAUGGGAGAUGAUGAUGGGAACCUGGAAGAAGAUUUCAUCACUUGGCGUGAGCAGUUCUGGCCGGCAGUGUGCGAGCACUUUGGCGUGGAAGCUACCGGAGAGGAGUCCAGCAUCCGUCAAUAUGAGCUGGUGGUCCACACAGACAUCAAUAUGAACAAGGUCUACAUUGGCGAGAUGGGCCGGCUAAAGAGCUAUGAAAGCCAGAAACCCCCAUUUGAUGCAAAGAACCCUUUCCUGGCACCUGUUACCCUGAACCGAAAGCUGAACCAGGGCGGAGAGAGGCACCUCAUGCACUUGGAAUUGGACAUCUCUGGCUCCAAAAUCAGGUAUGAGUCUGGGGACCAUAUUGCUGUGUACCCAGCUAACGACACAUCACUAGUGAACCAGAUCGGCGAGAUUCUGGGCGCAGAUCUGGAUAUGAUCAUGUCCUUAAACAACCUGGAUGAGGAAUCCAAUAAGAAGCAUCCGUUCCCCUGCCCCACCACGUACCGGACAGCCCUGACCUAUUACCUGGACAUCACCAACCCACCGCGCACCAACGUCCUGUACGAGCUGGCUCAGUAUGCCACAGACCCCAACGAGCAGGAGCACCUCCGCAAGAUGGCGUCUUCUGCUGCCGAGGGGAAGACGCUGUACCUCAGCUGGGUUGUGGAGGCCAGAAGGAACAUAUUAGCCAUUCUGCAGGAUGUAUCUUCUCUCCGACCUCCCAUCGACCACCUCUGUGAGCUGCUGCCUCGCCUGCAGGCCCGUUACUACUCGAUUGCCUCCUCUUCCAAGGUUCACCCUCACUCCAUCCACAUCUGUGCUGUGGUUGUGGAAUACGAGACCAAGACAGGCCGGGUGAGCAAAGGAGUGGCCACUACCUGGCUGAAGAACAAGGUGCCCAAUGAAAACGGGCACAAGUUAACGGUGCCCAUGUACGUCAGGAAGUCACAGUUCCGGUUGCCUUUCAAAUCCAGCACGCCCGUCGUCAUGAUUGGGCCCGGGACUGGGAUCGCCCCGUUCGUUGGCUUCAUUCAAGAACGGGCCUGGCUGAAGCAGCAAGGGAAGGACGUUGGCGAGACGGUGCUGUACUAUGGCUGUCGCCAUGAGAACGAGGACUACCUAUACCGAGAGGAGCUUGCCCAGUUCCACAAGGAGGGAGCCCUCACCCAGCUCAACGUCGCCUUCUCCAGGGACCAAGCCCAGAAGGUCUACGUUCAGCACUUGCUGAAGAAGAAUAAAGCGGGGGUCUGGAAGCUCAUCCACGAGGGGAACGCUCACAUCUAUGUGUGCGGCGACGCUCGCAACAUGGCGCGGGAUGUGCAGAACGCCUUCUACGAAAUCGUGGCCGAGUUCGGCAGCAUGACCCAGCCCCAGGCCGUGGACUAUGUAAAGAAACUGAUGACCAAGGGCCGCUACUCCCUGGAUGUCUGGAGCUAAGCCGGGCUGCUGGGCCAGAGAGAGGAGGGAUUCCCAGAUGGCUGCUGGACGGGAAACGAACAGCCCUUGCCCUAGCCAUUGCAAGAACGUGCUAUGAAACUAAACUAAACCUUAGAUCCCCUUACCUGGUAAUCGCCCUUCUGUAUCCACCUCCCCCCUAGACAGCUCUUGAGAGCCCUGCAAAGGGCGGGGCGGGAACUGCUGGAACCCCCCUGGGUUUUCUGGAGGGAGACGCAUCUCCACUGAGAUGGACGGGCUCGCCCCAGGAACCAGCAGGAGCCGUGGCUUGAUGAACUGCUCCUGGGUUCCCCUCUCCUGCGGCGCUGGCAGGGCUGCCCGCUCUGCUUUGCCGUGCAGCAAACAGUCUGCAGGACGCUCACUCCCUCCUCUCUCCAGAGCUGCUUUGUACUCCUGUGGAAACUGUGCCAGGGGGCGAGGGGCCGCCCUUCCUGUACCCAGCCCCUGGCUUCCAGUCUACCCCCUCUGGGCCUAGUCGCAUAGACCCCAGUGCCCCCUUCUCUCCCAGGCAGCUGCCUCGGUUUUUAACCCGUUCUUUGGGGACAAUCUGGUGCAAGCAGAGGUACGCCCCCUGCUCAGGCAUGGUCUGGUGGUGAUCUGGGCAGUGUGUGCUGCCUGGAGCAUGCUGGUUUGGAAAGCGACCCAGCCCCCUGGCUGCUGCAUGUGGGGAGCCCAGUGCUGAGGGCCCAUGAGGCAGGAGAGAGAGGGCCUAGCUCCCUCGGGGGGCAUCAGAAGGUCUCCACUGGCAGAGGCCAGGAUGCUGAGCCCGUGUCUCCCUUGCCCUACGAGACUUCCAGCUCUCGCUGCUUGCUGGUCGUUUCGUGGGCAAAGCAGGUCCUGUCCUGCUGGCACUUGGCCUGAGCAAUAGGGCUGGGAUGUGCCCCCUCUCGCUGUGAUGGGGCAGCCUGCAGCUUUGCCCUCCUUUGAAAUUCUCCUGUGGUCUGAAACCAGCCCUGGCCAGCUGAGAGCCCGCGACGCCUACCGUGGCCUGUUUGGGCCGGGCGACAUCUAGGACAAGCCCGUGCUGGUGUAAACUCCUGCCCAGUCUGUGAUAUGGAGGCGUCUCUGGUCUGGCUAGAGACCUGCUCUCGGAACCCAUUAGCACCCAGGGAGAGCUGUGCCAGUCCUGCUCUGCCACGAGGCUCGCGCCAGCCCUGGCCUCGCCUCGGUCCCACAGGCCCUAGCAGUAAGUUGGCUGGUGGUGGUGGGGAGCUGGAGUCAGGGCUGCCUCCCAGUGGCUUAAUGCUCCAGUCUCAGCAAAUUGGGGACUUGCUUUGUAAGGUCCCAGCCCAGCGACAGAAAAGUCCUCUGGAAGCCUGGGCCCUGGAAUGGGGAGGCUGGCUUCCUCCUGAGCUGUCACUAACCUCCCAGGACUGCUUCCCUGGCCUGGGGUUUGUCUUGUGUGAUGCCACCAGGUCAGGGACUUAACCGCAGUGCUUGCCUCCACUGAAUCUUGUUUCCUUAGUCAGAGGGGACAAGAGAUGGCCCCAUGAAAGGGGGGGAAUAAUUCCAGCUACUGGCAUGCAGGGGGCACUCGUGCAGCUGUAGUCAGCCCAGGGGAGCAGGGAGGACUGGGUCCCCCACCCCGGUUAGUUACAUGAACAGAACCCCCCUUUGCAGCUUCUCCAGGCCCAGUUUUGGUAUCUGUGUUUUAUGUUCACCCCUGCUUGAGAUCUGCUCACAGAAAAGCGCUCUCAGCCUCUCCCAUGAAUGUAAAUACUUUAAAUAUACUGUCCCCUGGGAAUAAAACAGGGUCUUUAUUU